CCAGCAGAGAGAGAGCUGAGGAGGCAGAACUGAGUUUAGAGUGUGUGACUGUUUCAAUCAAUCCCCCUUCUUUUAAAAAAAAAGCGUGAGAUCUGUGGGGAAGAGCCGGACUGUCAAUGAAAGAGGUUAAAAGAACAAAAUGAAGAGGAAAAAUAAAUCCGGUUGACCCUGGUGUUCCUACCUUUAGCCCCUCACACACACGCUCCUGGAGGAUCUUAAAGCAUGGGACUGUGCCCCGGAGCUGCUAUUAGAUGUUAAAUGUUCGGCAAUAUGUGAUGCUGACUACAUCAAUUAGCAUCCUUGAGGACCCAUGGAGAAUUUGCCUGAUCCUGGAUAUUCUUGACGAUGGUUAUGUUCUGUUUCUUGAAGGGAGGCACACCAUUCUGUUGAUGCCAAAUGGAAGACCUUGAGUUGGAUACAAUGCAGGAGGCGUUAUCAAAUUUUUCAAAUUUGACCAGUGACCUGACUGCUAGCAUCAACAAAACCUGCUCCUUGAACAAGGGCUUCCAGUUUUACUAUCUGCCCAUCAUGUACAUUAUCGUGUUUGUAACUGGAUUCAUUGGAAACAGUGUUGCUCUCUGGAUGUUCAUCUUUCACAUGAGGCCUUGGAGUAGCAUCACCGUUUACAUGUUUAACCUCGUCCUGGCUGACCUCUUCUACGUCUUCUCUCUGCCCGUUUUAAUAUUUUACUAUUUCAACAAGACUGACUGGAUCUUCGGAGAGACACUGUGCAAACUGCAGAGGUUCAUUUUCCACGUUAACCUCUACGGGAGCAUCUUGUUUCUGACCUGCAUCAGUGUCCACAGGUACACGGGCGUGGUGCACCCCAUGAAAUCACUGGGCAGGUUGAAGAAAAAAUCGGCCACUAUUGUGUGCGUGUGCGUGUGGGUUGUGGUCAUGGCUGGGAUCUCCCCAAUACUGUACUUCUCCCGAACCGGGCCAAGGAAAAAUAAAACAAUUACAUGUUAUGACACAACGUCCAGAGAGCUCCUGGGCACUUAUUUCAUAUACAGCAUGCUGACUACGUUCUUUGGUUUCUGCAUUCCCUUCGCCACUAUUCUAGUCUGUUAUGGAUUUAUCGUGAAGGCCUUAAUAUCUAACAACAUGAGGACACCUCUCCGGGGCAAGUCUGUGCGUCUCGUCAUCAUCGUGUUGGCCGUCUUUGCCAUCUCCUAUCUCCCCUUCCAUGUGAUGAAGAAUCUAAACCUACAGUCCAGACUCUAUUACCAGGGGCCAGAGACAUGCGAGUGGAACAAGAGGGUCUACGCCACUUAUCAAGUGACCCGGGGGCUUGCCAGCCUCAAUAGCUGUGUGGACCCUAUCUUAUACUUUCUGGCAGGAGACACUUUCAGGAGGAGGUUCACUACUGCGGCCAGUAGGUUCAUGUCUAAGCGAGGAGAGACCAACCUACAGUUUCGGAGUGAAGACAGUCCACUUCAUGCUGUGUCGAGCAUUUCACAAAACGGUGACACUUCUCUCUGAACUUUGUAUUAGCGAAUUUUGCAACAUUUCUUUUUAGGUUUUUUGGAGGUACGUUAAGAAUUGUGUUCAUGAGAUCGGUCUCAAUUUAAAGCUUUGAUCUAAUAUAGGAAACAAUGGAGAGUAAAGCGCCCAGCAUUUAUAAAUUCAAGCGUACUGUGCAUAGUUAACUGUUUAUCUUCUGAAUCUAUCACCAUUUGAGUAUUGCUGUCAAAAGACAAGUUUUGUUGAAGUUUCCCACCUUGCACUCAGGAGCACUAAAUCGAUCACAGUUGAAUCUGAAAUUUUUAAUUUCAGAAAAGGAAGUUUUCUUCCAUGGCUUGAAAAGAGAUUUGUUUUGUCCCUCGAUGCUUUUCCUGUGCCCACCUGGGAAGUUCAGCAACCUCAUACUAUUCUCAACUCCACACAGAGGAAGCAUAGAAGAGUAGACCUACACUGAGUGUCCUCAUAGGGUAGUUGCUCUCUGCUGCUUACAGCGCCUCCCUGUGAUGACUUGGUAGAGAUCUGGAAUGCAACCUGUCCAAGUGAAUGUGCCUCAAGCUCGAUUGAUUGUUUGAUUGAUUUUAUUGUCACGUGUACCGAAAUACAGUGAAAAGCUUUGUUUAAGAGUGGUACGGGCAGAUCACAGCAAGCAAAGGA